UAGUUAAAGAAAUGGAUAUUGUGGAUGGAAGUGACCUGAAGCAAUUUUUUGAGAACAAUUAUUCUCAAAUUUAUUUCAUCUUCUAUGAAAACUUCAUAACACUGGAAAAUAGCUUGAAACAAAAAGGGAAUAAAUCACAAAGGGAGGAGCUGGACUCCAUUCUCUUUCUUUUUGAAAAAAUAUUGCAACUACUACCUGAGAGGAUUUUUUAUCGAUGGCAUUUUCGCAGUAUAGGGUCCAUUUUGAAGAAACUUUUGCACACUGGAAACUCUGUCAAGAUAAGAUGUGAAGGAAUCAGACUGUUUCUUCUUUGGCUUCAAGCACUUCAGACUAACUGUGCAGAAGAGCAAAUAUUAAUAUUUGCAUGCCUUGUGCCUGGUUUUCCACCAAUUAUAUCCUCAAGGGGUCCCUGUACACUAGAUAGCAUCAUUAGUCCUCCUUCUAAUUCACUAGAUGCUAAGAUUUAUCCUGAAGAAAUAACUCCACUUUUGCCAGCUGUCUCUGGAGAAAAAAUUGCUGAAGACCAAACCUGCUAUUUUCUUCAGUUACUGUUAAAAUAUAUGGUAAUUCAGGCGGCAAGCUUGGAGUGGAAGAAUAAGGAGAACCAAGACACUGGUUUUAAGUUUCUCUUUACCUUGUUUAGAAAGUACUAUCUUCCUCACUUGUUUCCGUCUUUUACAAAGCUAACCAACCUGUACAAACCUGUUCUUGAUAUUCCUGAUAUAAGACCAAGACCUGUAUACAUUACUGCAACGCGAAACAAUGAAAAUGUCUAUAGCACAAAAAUUCCAUAUAUGGCAGCUCGAGUUGUUUUUAUUAAGUGGCUUGUUACCUUCUUCCUUGAAAAGAAAUACUUAACUGCAGUUCAGCAUACAAAAAAUGGAGGAGAAAUGCUCCCUAAAAUUAUUCAGACUGUUGGUGUUGUAAACCAAGAUAAAAACCCAGAGUUGGAAACCAGCAUGCCUUAUGCAAGUGAGCAAGAGAGAAACCAUUCUAAUAGUAGCACCUUGUCUGACAGAAGACUCAGUAACUCCAGCCUUUGCAGCAUCGAAGAACAGCAUCGAACAGUGUAUGAGAUGGUGCAGAGAAUCCUCUUAUCCACUCGAGGCUAUGUGAACUUUGUUAACGAAGUCUUUCGCCAGGCUUUUUUGUUGCCUUCUUCUGAUAUAUCUGCAACACGGAAAGUGGUUAAGGUAUAUCGAAAAUGGAUAUUGCAAGAAAAACCUGUGUUCAUGGAGGAGCCAGACAAGAAGGAAAACGGUCGGGAUGAUGUUACCAACUUGGAGGAUUCAUCAGUGCAAACAGAUAGUAAACAACUUGCCUCUGACCAUUCCGGCCAUAAACGGUCAUCCAGCUGGGGAAGAACGUACUCGUUCACUAGUGCUGUUAACAGAGGAUGUAUAUUAGAAGAUGAAGACAAAGAUGUUAAAGCCGGUGCUCAAGCUGCGUUACAGGUAUUCUUGACAAACUCUGCAAAUGUUUUCUUAUUGGAACCAUGCGUUGAAGUCCCUGCACUUCUGAAGGAGCAAGUUGAUGCUUGCAAAGCAGUUUUGAGUAUUUUUAGGCACAUGAUAAUGGAACUAUCAAUGAAUAAAAAGACUUGGGAACAGAUGUUACAGAUACUCCUCAGAAUCACGGAGGCUGUGAUGCAGAAGCCAAAGGAAAAUCAAAUAAAGGAUACGUUUGCUCAAAGCAUGUCAGGAUUACUUUUCCGAACUCUUAUUGUAGCUUGGAUCAGAGCAAAUCUCAGCGUUUACAUUUCCCGCGAGCUCUGGGAUGAAUUGCUCAGUGUUUUGUCUUCCCUUACUGACUGGGAGGAGCUGAUAAACGAAUGGGCCAAUAUUAUGGAUUCUCUAACAGCAGUGUUAGCAAGAACAGUGUAUGGAGUUGAAAUGACGAACUUACCCUUGGAUAAGCUGAGUGAACAAAAAGAAAAAAAGCAGAGGGGAAAAGGUGGAAUUUUAGAGCCUCAAAAGACAGCUGUAGUGGGAAGAUCUUUUUCAUUAAGCUGGAAAAGUCACCCUGAAGUUGUGGAGCCAAUGAGAUUCAGAAGUGCUACCACCUCUGGAGCACCAGGAGUUGAGAAAGCAAGAAAUAUGGUUCGUCAAAGAGCAACAGAAGUUGAAGAAUCUCAGCAGUCAGAAACGUCAACAGGAGCAGAAGCUGCUGGCCUAUUUGCAGACCAAGAGCAACAACUAACUCGAAGUAGUAGCACUUCAGAUAUUACAGAUCAGUUUACAUCCGAUUGUUUUCAAGGUAAAAAGGCUGAGAGUUCUCAGAAUUUAACUUCUUCAGACUUCAAAUCAAUACAGGAAAAUAAGGGAUGCACAAAGAAGGAAUAUGAAGCUGAGCAUGUCCUAGUACGAAGGAGCAGCAGUCCAGCUGAAUUAGAUUUGAAAGCAGACUUGCAGCAGUCACAUGGAAAUCGCCAGGAGAGAGAAAAGAGUGAAAGCAUUAGUAGUGACACAUCCAUUGGCUAUAACAAUGAAGUAGAGAUCACGUUUAUCCCCUGGCAAACUUCUGAAGAAGACCGUGAAGUUAAUGCAUCGGCAGAUGUUUGUGUUGAUCCUGAAGCACCUCGCUGGCUUCAGCUUAGUCCUUCAGAUACUACAAAUCUAACAGAUAGCAGUGAAUUCCUUGCUGACGACUGUAGUAUAAUUGCUGGUGGAAGCCUUAUAGGAUGGCACCCUGAUUCUGCUGCUGUACUAUGGAGAAGGAUUUUGGGAAUUCUUGGCGACGUGAACAAUAUACAGUCACCUAGAAUCCAUGCAAAAGUUUUUGGAUAUCUCUAUGAGCUGUGGUAUAAACUUGCUAAGAUAAGGGACAACCUUGCUAUAAGUUUGGACAAUCAGUCUACUCCCUCUCCUCCUGUUUUAAUUCCUCCUCUCAGAAUAUUUGCGUCAUGGUUAUUCAAGGCAACCACUCUGCCAAAUGAAUAUAAGGAAGGCAAACUUCAGGCCUACAGGCUGAUCUGUGCUAUGAUGACUAGGCGUCAAGAUGUUCUGCCAAAUUCGGAUUUCCUAGUUCAUUUUUAUUUUGUGAUGCACCUUGGCUUAACAAGCGAAGACCAGGAUAUCUUGAAUACUGUCAUAAAGCAUUGCCCACCUUGGUUUUUCUUCUUGGGUUUACCUGGCUUUACAAUGCUGAUAGGAGACUUCAUUACAGCUGCGGCCAGAAUUCUUAGUACAGACAUGCUGGAGGCCCCCCGUUCAGAGGCUCAUACCAUCCUUGGUUCUCUUGUUUGCUUUCCAAAUAUCUACCAAGAAAUCCCACUACUGCAGCCCAUUUCAGAAGCUGGUGAGAUCAUCGCAGGAACUGCAGAUGUAAAAUGUUACCUUAUCAAUAUUUUAUUGAAGAAUGCUACAGAGGAGCCAAGUGAAGCUGCAAGGUGCAUAGCCAUUUGUGGCCUUGGAGUUUGGAUAUGUGAAGAACUCACGCAGCGUACAAACCAUCCUCAAGUGAAGGAAGCAAUAAAUGUCAUAGGUGUGACACUAAAGUUUUCUAAUAAACUGGUAGCUCAGGUAGCCUGUGAUGUUCUUCAGCUGCUAGUUUCUUACUGGGAAAAGCUUCAGAAGUAUGAAUCCUCUCUAUCCAGAAAGAUUACUGAAAUCCUUGUGGCCACUAUUGCCUUUCUUUUGCCAAGUGCUGAAUAUUCCUCUGUGGAAGCAGAUAAAAAGUUUAUAGUUUCACUGUUACUUUGCUUGUUGGAUUGGUGUAUGGCAUUACCAAUGAAAAUGUUACUAGAGCCAGUGUCUGCUGGUGUUCUUGAAGACCAACAUACCUCCAAAGCUCCUUUACUGGACUAUAUAUACAGGGUUUUGCACUGUUGUGUUAAUGGUUCCAGUACCUAUACUCAGCAAAGCCAUUAUGUACUGAGUCUUGCAGAUCUCUCAUCUAGUGAUUAUGAUCCGUUUUUGCCUCUGGGGAAUGUCAGGAAUUCUGAGCCUGCGCAGUGCCAUUCUUCCACAGAUUUGGGCAACCUACUCACUGUUGCUGAGGAAAAAAGAAGGAGGAGCUUAGAACUAAUACCUUUAACUGCACGGAUGGUUAUGACACAUCUCGUAAACCACUUAAGCCACUAUCCCCUCAGUGGAGGUCCUGCAAUUCUUCACAGCCUUCUUAGUGAGAAUCAUGACAACUCUUACGUGGAAUCUUCUGAGCUGUCUCCAGAAGUCUUCAGAAGUCCAAACCUGCAACUCUUUGUGUUUAACGACAGUACUCUCAUAUCUUACCUUCAAAUUCCUGCAGAAAAAAAAGCAGAUGCUGAGCCAGCAGUAGCUCCCUCAGAUGUAAGAGUAAUUGUCAGAGAUAUCUCAGGGAAAUACUCUUGGGAUGGCAGAAUAUUAUAUGGACCUUUGGAGGGCUGUCUUCCACGGCAAAGUGGAACAAACUCAUUUGUGAUUUCAGGCCAUCCUGAGCAUCAAUUUAAUUCCCCAAAAGACGUUUCUCAAGUGGAAGAAGGAGAAGAUGCUCUUGACAGAUUGCUGGAAAAAAUUGGUAACUCUAGUCCUGAAUGCCUUUUACAUCCCCAGCGAAAGCUAAAUGAGCCAUCACCACCACCAUUUGGUAUGAGCUACGAUCAAGAAAAUGAAAUCACUGAAGCCCUAAUAAGGCAGAGUGCCCAGGAGAAAGAGUAUAUAUUUAAAUGCAGUUCUGACUUUGGUAUGAAGGUAGCCUAUCAAGAAGAGCCAUGCCCUGCUGUUUUAGACUUAUUGAGAGAACUGAAAAAUCUGGAUUCCCGUCAGUGCCGUGAAACUCACAAGAUUGCAGUGUUUUACAUUGCAGAAGGACAGGAAGACAAAUGUUCAAUACUGUCCAACUCAAGGGGAAGCCAGGCAUAUGAAGAUUUUGUUGCUGGACUUGGCUGGGAGGUUGAUCUUGCAACACACUGUGGCUUUAUGGGCGGCCUGCAACGUAAUGGCAGCACAGGACAAACAGCACCGUAUUAUGCUACCUCUACAGUGGAAAUCAUUUUUCAUGUGUCUACAAGAAUGCCAUCAGAUUCAGAUGAUUCACUGACCAAAAAGCUUCGUCACUUGGGAAAUGAUGAGGUUCACAUCGUCUGGUCGGAACACACCAGGAACUACCGCAGGGGCAUUAUACCAACGGAUUUUGGAGAUGUUUUAAUUGUUAUUUACCCAAUGAAGAAUCACAUGUUUUUCAUAGAGAUAGUGAAGAAACCAGAGGUGCCAUUUUUUGGUCCUCUCUUUGACGGAGCAAUAGUGACUGCAAAGCUGCUGCCAAGCCUUAUAUGUGCCACGUGCAUCAAUGCCAGCAGAGCCGUGAAGUCUCUCAUCCCACUCUACCAGAGCUUUUACGAGGAAAGAGCUCUGUAUCUUGAAGCAAUAAUCCAGAAUCAUAAAGAAGUAAUGACAUUUGAAGAUUUUGCAGCUCAGGUCUUUUCUCCCUCUCCUAGCUACUCCCUCAGUGGAACUGGCUGCCUCACCACAAGUGCAAGUGCUGAUCUUACUGUCACCGUAGGAAUAGAGUUAGCAGAACAGACCUCGCCUACGUUACCACGUGCCACGAAAAGCAGAGUCUCUGGGAAACUCCGUCGCUCCGCUAGCGCUCUCAGCAAGUCUUCCGACUGAAGUAGUUUGGGAGCAGAACUCCGUUCAAGGGAAUUUUAAAAAACUUAAAAUAUAUUAAACUAUUCACUGUGUCACUAGAACUUGUAAUUUUGGAUGAGCACAUGUUGAAGGGGGCGGGUGGGAGGGACUGCUUUCCAAAAUGACAGUUCUCUUACAUUUCCAAACAGACAUUACUGAUGGGCAAAUAUCACCUGGAUUAUCAUCGUGCAUUUCACUUGACUCUUUCUGACAUAAAAAGAGGGAAGGCGAUCGGAGCGCUCGCAGUUGGCGUCUGACUGACUAAUGGGGAGGAAGCACCACUUCUCCCAGCGAGGCUGCGCACGCAAGUGCUAGUGGUGCAGACAGAGGAUACCAGCCAGUAUUGAAACCAGCUAUUUCGUGUCAUUUUAGAGCAUUGAUUUUAGUCAUUCCAGUCAACGCUUAAUGGUGUAUUAGGGACUUUUGUCUAAAUAGAAAAAAGGUUUUCUUAGAAUUAGACAUAUAGCGAAUGUUCUCCUCUUCUAAAGUAUGGGCGAAUGAUUUGGGUGCUUUUCAGUCCAUGUACAAGCCCUCUUCCCUUUCUGUUUUGAAUAGGUGUCCGAUGCAGGUUUUGUGCAUGUAGCUAAGACUAGGUAAUUAGCAAACACGUCAUUUAUCUGAAAUUCAGGAAGGUGCUGCCAAUUUUAUAAAAUGGCAACACCUGCAUGAAAAUCACUAUUUAGUCAUGCCAUGUUAUUUGAGGACCUACAUCCCUGGCUGCGGUGUAAAAUCCUGAAGCUGAAGAUGCCCCGGCCUCCAGCAGCUUGUUCCCUGGCCUAACAUAGCACUGCAAAGAAUUUGGACUCCUGUCCUGAAGCGUUCGUCUUAGGCCAGGCUGCUACAGUGGUGUGAGGCUGGGGAUAUCAGUAUGUUGUCCCAGACGUGAAGUCCUGCCAGUUUGGGUCAAACCAUUUAACUUAACAUCUAUGAAUUUAUUUUAGAUAGAAGUCCCCUUUCUCGGCACUAACUUUGGAUUUGGGAUAGUUUUGUCAUUUGGAAUAUUGCAUGUGAUCAUUGCAUAACAUGGACUGGUCACAUUUUCUAUGUGCAUGGAAAAAUGAACAUAACCGAAAUUGCUUUUUACAGAGCAAAUGCUGCACAUUUGCAAUAACUACUCGUCACCAAGGUUUGAAUAAAUAGGAGGCAGUAAAUUUCUUAGGUAACCACCUCAUCUUUUCACAACAUCAGGGCAAUAAGCUGCAAGUUGAGGCAUCUCUAAUUAGGAUAAAAUAAAUUUGAAAGUUUCCAAGGGCCUACAGUGUCCUACUGGCACUUUGUGUAGUAAGCAAAUAUUUUAUUUUGAAUAGAAAAUGUAUUUCAGCCUAUGUAUGUCAUAAGGUUUUAGAAGUGAAAACAUUGUAUAGCUUAAAAAAAACUAUGAUAAAAAUAAGGAAAAUGAGAGAGAUACUGCAACAACUUAAACACUUAGUGUGCAUAAGGAUAUGCAGACUGAAGGUAAAAAUUCACUGAGCUCGGUCUUGCGUCGGCAUGAGAGACAUAAUCCGAGCAACCGAAUAUGAGCUUCCAUCUAAUAAAUGCUGCAGUACCGGCAAGCGAGGGAUUGUGGAACUGGGUGCCGCUUUCAGCACUGAGUUUUCUGGCUUUUUUCUUGCAAGAGGGUAAGAGAAGGAGACAGCUGUAAAACGACUAGUACUGCGUUAACUUUUCUUUGGGUUUUUUUUGACGUUUUGGACAUCAGUAUCCAUGCCCCAGUUCGAGUUUUGUGUCAGAUACCUCUAGCCUUUCUAAUCCUCCUCAGGUCUAGUUCGUAUUGUUGCGUUUUGUUCAAUUCUUAUUAUGCUGUUUGGCAAGGAUAUGCACAUCUUUAAACGUAAUGUGAUUUGUUUUAAGUGAAGGGGAUCUAUUUUAAAGUGAAGCAAAAAUGCACCGUUGGGCCACCAUUUUUUUGCACUUCUACUUAUGUGUUAACGUCAACGUCUGUUUGUUUUCAUGUCAGCAACAAUCUGUGUUACUUCCCUGUAAAUAAGGAAUACUGUUUGAUAAAUAUUUACAGUAAUACUAAGUUAGCUUGACAUUUUGCUAUUAGCUUUAAGUAAUAGUUUAUUUGGUUCUAGUAGUAACCGGCUUGUCAACUUAGCAUAACCACAAGCAUAAACUUGUAAUUGGGUGCACUUCUUAUCCAGACCAGGAACUAGAGACUGUCAUGCUUAACGUUAACGUGCAGUCUGAAUGUAGUUGGCACAUGCAGGCUAUAGAUAAUCGCAGUAAUCCUGCUGGUGAAGAGGGUCGUUUGUGAACGUUUUGGACUGCCAUUUUGAUUUUCUGCUUUAAAUUUUGCUUUUGCUUUCUACUGAUUGUGUGUCUAUAAAGCAAAUUAGAAAGUAAAACGUGUAUUUUAAUUUAUUAUUAUUUUCACGACUGGCUAGGAGAGGCUAUCUCGUCCUUAGUUAUCCAGUAACCGUCUGAACUAAUUUCGAAGGCAUUUUUUUCUGAAUAGAACUAAAACUUUUCUCUUUAGAGCAAUACAAAUCUCUAAUUCAGGGAAGAAUGAAAAUGCCAAUAAAAAUUGUUAUUUUCCUGAUGUUGAAAACUUAAAAAAAUAUUCAUCUGUGCGAUUCUGAUGGGGUUUUGUAGUAUAAAAUAAAUAGCCGAGCUGUCCUAUUGCUCCUCAGAAAGCUAUUAAAUCGUAGAUCACCGUGACAUUCUUGAUGAAAGCGCCUUAAAAAGACCCUUUAGUCUACGUGGCGCGUGCAACUUUGGUGAAGCAACAGCUGCUGUGACUGAGGCAGUAGCUCUUGGCUCCUCUGGUCCAAAUGAGGAAGGUGACCGUCGCCUGUAGACCGCCCCUGCUCUGGCUGCUUUUUGAGCGUUGCUAUUUUAGCUCAAAGCUGGGGCGCGCUGGACCCGACGGUGGCUUUCUGAGGGAAAGCACGGGCGUUUUCCUUGGACUGAAUUCUGCGGAGCUGCUACUGACAAUUAGGUGUUUGCCUCUCAACAGGUUAGUUUUGAGCCUAUUUGAUGGAACUUUUGGGGGG